AUGGCAGCAGUAGUGAGUGACUUAAGUUCUGCUGCUGGUGUUAGCAGUAAUCGUUAUUUGUCGCUUGAUUUUGUUUCCACAUCAAGUCCACAUGAUGAAUACGAACUUAUACAACGUAUUGGUUCAGGAACAUAUGGAGAUGUUUAUAAAGCAAGGCAUGUUCCCACCGCAUCGAUGCGAGCUCUUAAAGUAAUCAAACUUGAAGCUGGUGAUGAUUUCAAUAUAAUUCAACAAGAAAUUCUUAUGAUGUUACAAUGUAGUCAUCCAAAUAUAAUCGCAUAUUUCGGAAGUUAUUUAAAAAGAGACAAAUUAUGGAUUGCUAUGGAACUUUGUGGUGGUGGUUCCAUGCAAGAUAUUUAUCAUGUUUAUGGAUCACUUGGCGAAUUACAAAUAGCAUAUAUACUGAGAGAAACAUUGAAAGGUUUAGAUUAUCUACAUAAAAAUGGGAAAAUGCAUCGAGAUGUUAAAGGCGCAAAUAUCUUAUUAACUGAAGAUGGAAACGUUAAAUUAGCGGAUUUUGGUGUCGCAGCAAGUAUAACAGCGACUAUGUGUAAACGAAAGUCGUUCAUUGGCACACCUUAUUGGAUGGCACCUGAAGUAGCAGCUGUCGAACGUAAAGGUGGUUAUAAUCAUUUAUGUGAUAUAUGGGCUGUUGGUAUAACAGCGAUUGAAUUUGCUGAAUUACAACCUCCAAUGUUUGAUUUGCAUCCUAUGCGUGCCUUGUUUUUAAUGUCAAAAUCAGGUUUUAAACCGCCAACAUUAAAAGAUAAACUCAAAUGGACUAUAACAUUUCAAAAUUUUGUCAAAUAUGCAUUAACAAAAAAUCCUAAAAAACGACCCUCAGCUGAAAAAUUACUUGAACAUCCAUUCUUUCAUGGAAAUUUGACGUCUUCUAUUGCACGGGAUUUACUCGAUAGAUUACAUAAUGGUACAGCGAGUAAUCAGACUUCAGAAGAUCGUGAUGAUGACGAUGAUGAUCGAACCAAUUCUCAGGCACCAAGGAAGAUUACAUCGAAUAAAGAACAAUCUGUUGCAGCUUCAUCGAAUGCUCGUCCAAUAAUUACAAAUAUCAAUCAACCACCAUUAAUCCGUAGUUCAAUUCUCAAUGACCCAAUUCCGUCAGAAACAAAUGGAAUAGUUUCAACUAAUGAGACUCGUCCUGUAAUAAAUAUUGAUGAAACUGGUCAUGUUCCACCAACAACAAAAGCUAAAGAAAAUGGUAAUGCGGAACAUAUUCAAAGAUUGAAGUCUUUAGGUUUAUCAGAUGAAGAUAUUCAGCGUUUAAUGUCUAAAUUACCAUUGAGUGCAUUUGAUGAUUUGGCAUUAAAUGAAAUAAAACAUAUUGUUGAUGUUAUGCGUGAUGCUGAUGUUGACGAAAAUGAAGAUGAAGUGAACGAUAGUAACACAAUCAAACGAUCGCCAUUACCUGUUCCAGUACCAACAAAAACCAGUAAAACAAAGAAAAAAGAUCAACAGAUAACUUAUGAAAAUACUGAUACGAAUAAUAAUACAUUAAAAUCAAAAAAUGAUGAUAAUACAUUGAAAUCAAAACAAGACAAAUCAACGAUGUCAACAUUAUCAAAUGGUAUUCCAAGUGUACCAAGAGUUCACAUGGGUGCUGGUUUUAUGAAAAUAUUUAAUGAAUGUCCAUUAGAAAUUCAUGCGAGUUGUUGCUGGAUUAAUAAUGAAACUAGGGAUCAAUUGGUACUAAUUGCUGCUGAAGAAGGUGUUUAUUCGUUGAAUCUUAAUGAAUUACAUGAUGCUACAUUAGAAUUGUUAUAUCCAAGACGAACAACUUGGUUAUUCGUUAAAGAUAAUAUUCUCUGGUCUAUUUCGGGAAAAUCGAAUACACUAUAUCGACAUGAUUUGCAUUUAUUAUUACAUAACAAAAGUACAGCAAGAUUAUCACUUCAAUUGAAUAAAAUUCAAUUUCCACACAAAUUCGAAAAGUUAAUGCCAAAGAAAUUAGUCACUUCAGUUAAGAUCAAUAAUACACGCGGAUGUAUACGAUGUUGUGUCGGGAGAAAUCAAUUUAAUGGUUUCAUUUAUCUCGCCGGAAUGUUAACUAAUGAAGUUUUUCUUAUGCAAUACUAUGAUCCACUAAGAAAAUUCAUGCAUUUAAAAACUGUUUCAAUUUCAAUACCUACUGAACCGUCAAUAUUCGAAAUGAUUUUUUCGCCGGAAAACCAAUAUGCGAUUGUCUGUAUUGGUGUUAGUAAAAGUAAAUCUGCUCCUGAUGCAUAUAAAUUCGCGUCGAUUAAUUUCGAAACGGAAAAAAUGGAAAAUUAUCAUGAUGUUUCUCUUCUAACGAAUGUUUCCUAUGUACUUCAACAUGAAAAAGAUGCCGAUACAGUACUUAUUUGCCAUGGAAAUAAUAUAACAAUUGUUAAUUCCCAAGGUAAACCUCGUACAAGCAGACGAACAUUGUCGGAACUACAUUUUGAUUGUGAAGUUCGAUCGUUAGUUUGUUUACAAGAUAGUGUACUUGCAUUUCAUGAACAUGGAAUGCAAGGUCGAAAUUUAAAAGAUAAUGAAGUUACACAGGAAGUUUAUGAUCAUACACGCUCAUUUCGAGUGAUUGGUAGUGAUCGUUUAAUUGUUUUGCAAAGUCGUCCAUCGUUAUCUUCGAAAAGUGAAAAUAAUCCUACACAAUCAAUGAGUGCAUUAACUACAGCACCAUUUUCAUCUACGCCAUGUGAUUUACAUAUACUAAUGGGUCAUGAAAAUACAUAA